CCCAGCCGCUACCAUGGAACAAGUAGCUGAUGCUGGAAACUUCGCAACAACCAUUCCUGUCGACCUCAUCGUCGAUAUACUCUCUCUACUUCCUGCAAAAUCCAUCAUCCGAUUCCAAUCCGUGUCGAAACAGUGGUUCUCUAUCAUCCGCAGCAAAUACUUGGUGGACACGUUUCUGAUUAGGUCAAAGACACGGCCUCAUCUCCUUUUAGUCCUCGAGCUAUCUAAACCCGGAAAGCGUUUCUUAUUCUCCGUUCCUGAACACAAGAUCAAUGACAAAACCUCCACCGCCAUCGCUAGACACGACAUGACCCGUUCCCCUUCGAGAGACGUCUACUAUUUUUCCUCUCUUCCUGUCAACGGCUUUGUCUGUUUCACAGGUAUUAUUUCUUCAACAGGCCUUUGUAACUCGAUUACAGUUUGUAAUCCCAUCACCAGACAAACUGUGAAACUGCCUGACGUUAGAAACAAGGGAAGAAAAGUGUACGAACUUCUCGGGUACGAUCCAGUGGAAGAUCAAUACAAAGUGUUGUGUGUGAUAACGUGCGUGAGAUACCGCAGUGUUCAAGUAGAUAACCAACAGGAGCAUUAUGUUUGCACCGUGAGUUCAUCUGAGAAACAAGAGUGGAGAAAGAUUGAGAACACGUCGGCAUAUAUAUACCGUCAUAUCUACCCAGGGAUAUGCAUUGACGGUGUUAUAUACUACGGAAUUGAAGAGUCAAACAUAGUUAAGUUCGAUGUUAGGUCUGAGAAGAUGGAGUUGAUCAAAGCACCAGAAGAAUCAAACAGCUCCAAUCUUGUAAAUUACAAUGGAAGACUGGGAGGUGUAGAGUUUAUUUAUUACAAACAUGAGAUAAGAUUGUGGAUUCUUGAGGAUAUUGAGAAGCAGCAAUGGUCGAGCAUGAAGUUUAGUUAUCCUCGUGAAUUGGGAAAUCACCUAGUGUCUAACGGAGUGAUUCAUACCGGCGAGCUUAUGGUGUUUCAACGAUCGUUAAAGGAAGCUGAUAUUGAGCCAUUUUGCGUUUAUUAUUAUGAUUUUAACAAAGAAAGUUCAAGAAAAGUGGAGAUUCAAGGAGUGGAGACUGAUGAGAAACGUGGAACAAGGCUUUGUUAUCCAGGUUACAUUGAGAACAUUAGGUUCCUCUGAGGACACUUUGCUUUGCUUUUCUUUUGUCCAGUAACCAUGUUUUUAAACUAAGUUUUGAUCAAUGUGUCUAUUUUAUAUGAAAAAAAAAUAAACGCAUAUGGUUAUAGCCUCCUUUGCUAGAGCAACUGGUGUGAUCCAAAUAAGCUGCUUUGGCAAGGAUAAGGAGAGAAAGGCGUGGCUACAUUCUGUAGACAAUGACUUGCAAACUUGGAUACAUCAUCUCAGGCCAGAACAACUUGUUAUACAUGCUGAGAACAGACCAAAGCUUAAGUGGAACUAUGGUGAUUGUUUCACACGACCACCAGACUCUCCAAAGGGGUUCUUGCAAGAUCAGAAACGAGCCUUGCUGGGUUCUUAUGAGGCUAGGCUGAGGAAUGGAAAAGGAUGGCAGUGUUGGGUAUUUGAUCCAGGAGAUGAUCAUGGAUCUAUUUGUUUACAAGUUUUGGAUUUGAGGUCAAAUCCUUUUAAAGGAGGAGGGGAUGGUGUAGCCAUGAGCAGAGAUAUUGAAGAGGAGCUGAGUGAGUCUGAUGAGGAAGAGCUGAUUGAACCUGAGCAAGGGGAUAAAGGUGAUACCAAAGAGAUUGACUUAGAAGAGGGACUAGAAGCUGAUGAUAAUGAAGUGAACUUUAGCAAGAGAGAUCUAUCCAAUGAACCAGCUAGUGUGUGGAGUGGACCAGUGACUAAAGUGGUGUAGCCAUGAGC